AGAAGUUCGAUCAUCUGCAAUGUACCGGUAUCUCGGAAGUGUGGAUCGGAGUUUGUGGUAUCGGUGAUUAAGACGGGGAUUUAGAGCCCCAGAACCUCGAGAAGUGAAGUUGUCCCAAAUUCUUGAAUUCAUCACCAACUUCGUUCAUCUGAUUCGGGGACGAUGUGGAUUCGGACUGUCCGACGACAAAGCCGCUGAUCCAGAGACGACGAGAGGCUGGGAGAUGCCGUUCUGAGACCUGGAACUCGAACGUGAGCGGCCUGGAACUGGAAUGGAAGGGAUGGCGUAACAGAAACAUGGCGGCUUUGAAUGAGGAGGGUUGGCAAGAAUCUUCCAUGCUCUUCGAGAGAAGGCUGUCACGGCGAGCGAGAAGAUGCUCCGAGGAAAGAAAGCGGAUUGGAAGCACUGUGGAAGAGCCGUCGUUGUUGCUGUGGCUGCACAAGUCGCAGAAUCUGUGCUGGUUGGCAGCAUCUUGCAGAUGGGGUACUGGUCUACUCCUCCCAUACUCCGGCAGCCGCAUGUGGGAAAAGAAGUACAUUUGUGCGUCGAGUUUUCGUUGCUCUCUGUUGGGUCUGAGUACACGUACCGCGAGAGUGUGCGAGGCUACAAGGUUGCAAAAGACCAACGAUCACGCUCCGGCAGUUCUCGAUUCUUGAGCUUCAUGUUCCAAGAAAGCUAACAGCAGCAAAAAGCGAAGGAGCGCAGCUCUCACGAAGCUGUCUCCACGAGCCCCAGGUGAGAGUCGUGGAGCUCGGAAUCAAUGUAGAAGAAACAUCUCCUCGAAUCCAACUCCAAAAAAGGCCGAGAGGCCUCUUUGAAACCCUCACCUUUUCCACAUAUUCCAACUCCCGUACAAUCUCACGUGCAGUUUACUUAAUGCCACCGCACGAUACAUCUUUCUAUCCUUAACAGCAGACGUCCAAAAAGGAGAUCUCCGUGAUGCCUUUACAAAUGGAUGAGACCUUACUCUUGGAAAGUUGGAUCUUCGGGUACAAUGCCACUGAAUUUACUCCACCACUAUGAUAUUAUUGAGAAUAGCCUUCUUCGAAAGCCGCCUCUUGACCUAAAUUGAUCCUAUACUUCUCUUGAGGCCAAUUUUGGAAGUUUCGUUCGCUGCUGGUAAGUGUUAAAUUUGAAGACGGAAGCAAAUCAGGAGGAGAUGUCGAGACAAGAUAAGUUGGAGGCAGAGCCAACACCCAAAAGAAUGUCAAUCAGGAAAUCAGGUAUUCCCUGCUUCGUCCAGGUAGACAGGGAGGGGAAUGAAAAUGGGAAGGACACGUCGAAAAUCCGAGCAGAAAGGUGCGUGUGGCAGAAGGGGGACGAGGCAAGAUGUUUGAAGGUGUGGGGCACUACGAUUCUCCAGCAAAGACUUGGCAAAAGCAUCACACAUAGAGACGUACAAACAGAAACCAGAAGCAGCGGAAGCAGGAGUACCGUAAUGAUGAGUUGAAGGUUUCUCUCGUGCUUUUUGGAUUUUUCAAUACGAUAUUAAGAUAUGCCAUGGUACGACAAAAGUUUCCCUUUGCUGGUUGUUAGCAUACAUCCUUCUAUACCCGUAAGAGCGCCGCCCAUGCGACAAACGUGAACUUGGAGAGUCUUUGAGAUGAUGCGAACUUUAUGUGUGUGUACAACAUACACAUGUCGUUAAGGCAAAUCAAUUCGACACAUAUGGGAACAAGGCAGUCAAUGAGGCAAGCUCGAAGAGGAAGGCCGACUUUCCAGGAAGAUGGAAGUAGAAGAAGCAGAAGAAGAAAGCAUGGCGAGAAGGAGAAGAAACAGACGAGAGACUGAUCGUAAGAUUCUAUAGAGAGAAAACAAACGGAAACCUUUCUGGGGAGAAUCGAUCUGCCACGCAGCUUUUCUGGAGAUUUCUACGUCUUUGAAAAGCAUCAGCCGAUCUCGUGGAGAGGUCUCUUUCCAAACUUCUGGUAGCAUCCGAU